CUUCCUCUCCUUCAUAAUUGAUUUAAAAAACAAAUAUUUUUCUUAGAAACAAAAAUAUUGCAGGGAGAGAGAGAAGGAGAAGACGACAGGAGAGAGAGACGACCAUUUUGUCAAAUAGAGAGAGAGAGAAGAAGGAGAAGACGGAGACAACAAUGGCGGAAGAAAAUAGGGAGAAGAAUGAAGGAGGAGAAGAAGAAGAGAGCGUUAAGGUUUUCGUGGGACAAAUACCGAAACACAUGUCGGAAUCUCAACUCCUUACAUUGUUUCAAGAGUUCGCUGUCGUCGACGAGGUUAACAUCAUUAAGGACAAGAUCACACGCGCCUCUCGAGGAUGUUGUUUUGUAAUAUGUCCAUCGAGAGAGGAAGCAGAUAAGCUGGUCAAUGCUUGUCAUAACAAGAAGACAUUACCUGGUGCAGCCAGUCUAUUGCAAGUAAAGUAUGCAGAUGGCGAACUGGAAAGGCUAGAGCACAAGCUUUUUGUCGGUAUGCUUCCAAAGAAUGUCUCUGAAGCUGAACUUCUAUCGUUAUUCUCCAAGCACGGCACCAUAAAGGAUCUACAGAUUCUAAGAGGUGCUCAACAAACAAGCAAAGGCUGUGCUUUUCUCAAGUAUGAGACAAAAGAACAAGCUGUUUCUGCCAUGGAAUCCAUCAAUGGAAAACACAAAAUGGAGGGUUCAACUGUUCCUUUAGUUGUCAAAUGGGCAGACACAGAAAGGGAGAGACACACAAGGAGACUUCAAAAGGCUCAAUCUCACCUCACUCGAUUAGCUACCGCUGAUCCAACAAACCCCUCAUUGUUUGGAGCAUUACCCAUGAGCUAUGCUCCACCAUAUAAUGGAUAUGGUUACCACCAAGCUCCUGGAACUUAUGGCUACAUGCUACCACCAAUUCAGAACCAAGCUCCAUUACCCAAUCUAGGUAAUAGCAACGCGCUGCAAAGAACCUCACCUGACUCUGUGCCACCUCGCUUGGCCCGUAGGAACUUUCCUUUGCCUCCAGCAAACUACAUGGGCUCUGGCUAUCCCCCUGUGAGAGGUCUCCCUUAUCCAUUGGCUUAUCCUAGAGGGAUUAUGAAUCCUCGCCCUCUAAGUAGCUCUCCUGGAUCCAUAUCACCUGGCGGGUCAACACCAUUAGGAAUCGGUUUGAGUUCUGUGGUUCAAUCUCAAACCGAAGGUCCAGAAGGUGCGAAUCUGUUUAUCUAUAACAUACCUCGUGAAUAUGGGGAUCAAGAACUCGCUGCUGCGUUUCAACCUUACGGUAUGGUUCUGAGCGCUAAGGUGUUUGUAGACAAAGCCACUGGUGUAAGCAAAUGUUUUGGUUUUGUUAGUUAUGACUCACAAGCAGCUGCUCAGAACGCUAUUAACAUGAUGAACGGUCGCCAUUUAGGCGGUAAGAAAUUGAAAGUCCAGCUUAAGAGAGACGACAACAACAACAACAACAACAACAACAACAACAACAACAACAACAACAACGGCCAACAGAGUAGUUAAACUCAUACAACUCUUCUCAACUACAAGAAAAAACAAAAGGUCGGGCUAAUGAGUCGACCAAAGAAUUGGACCAAUCUUGAAUAGAUGCAUGCAUCUGUGUAUAACUCCAAAUCUCUUAAAUCAAACCAGAAUCUAUAACUUCCUCUGCAAAUGAAUCAUCUUUUUUCAUUUUUUUUUUUUUUUUUUUUUUUAAUUUCUGCAAAUAACAAUUUGUAAUUUAUGCAUCAUUGAAAUUCAUGUAGACAUUUUAUGAUUUAUUAACAUUAAAUUCAUUGAA